UUAUACUAAAUCGUCAGAAGAGAAUCGGAUGGUUGUUAUAAUGUUUUCGUAUGUUCGUGCUAUACUGGAGUAAUUUUGUGUGUAUUAUGUUAAACAUUAUUAUAUUAUUACUUAUAAACGGAUAAUAUAUAGAGUUAACUGGUCUAAUGAUCUGGACAGCUUUAAACAUAACUGACUAAAUUUAACCGUUUUACUUUUUGUUUUGCUUCACUCCUUCAGAAAUUCGGUUUCACUCAGUAUCAUACCAUUUCUAAAUUGUAAUUUGUAGUUCUACUUUCAGUUCAAUUUCAACUUUCAAAGUUUCAGUUUCAUUUUUAAAAUUGCUUUGUAUUUGGUAAGACACUGUAAGUUAAUUUAGAUUGAAAAGAGUAAAUGAAUUUAAUAUUAUUAUAAAUAAAAUUAAAAGUUGGCAUCAUGAAGUCAUUUAAAGACUCAUUUUGGGGACCAAAUGGAUUUGAAGAGCUGAGAAAACUGGUAAAACAAGGAGAAGAUUUCUGUAAAGAAAUAACUUGUGUUCUGCAUGAAAGAUCUGAUUUGGAAUUCCACUAUGCCAAAAACCUGAGUAAAAUUUCUGCCAAAAUAAUGAAAGCCUCUAAAGAUGCUUUAGGGACAACAGCCCAAACUUGGCUAGAAGCUGCUGUCAUCAUGACCCAUGAAUCGGAACUUCACAGGUGUUUGGCAUCUGGAAUUGUAGAGGAUGUUGUGAAGCCAUUGAAAAUGUUAACUGAUGGUCAGCAUAAAACAAGAAAACAGAUCGAGAUGGUGGUGGACAAAACAUCUAAGAGUCUUACUGAUUGUCGUAAUGAAGAAGCGAAGUCCCUGAAGCAUAGCUACAAUUCUACAAAGGAAAACGAAAAGUUGCAAGAACAGGGCUUAGAAAGUAGAAGUAGUAAAGGAAAGCUAGUCACAGAUAAAGAUAUUAACAAGGCUGACAAUUGUGAUACUGCAGAGGAAGCUGUAGCAAAAGCAGACAAGGACUACUAUGCAAGUUGUUUAAAGGCUGAGAGGGCACGACAGGAAUGGGAGUCAGCUGUUUUCAAGGCAAGCAUUCAAUUUCAGAAGCUUGAAGAAGAAAGACUUGAACAUAUGCAAGAUUUAGUACAGAAAUAUGCUAAUCAUGUCAGUGUUUUGGGUCCUGAGAUGAUUCAGGGGUGUGAAAUGUUAAAUGCAGCUGUAUCUAAAAUUGAUGUACAGGGAGACAUCCAAGAAGCAAUAAGAUCUAGAGGAACUGGUCCUAAUUCCCCUGAGCAGUUCCUACCUGACUUUUAUUCAGAAAACAUGAAGAAUUUCAUGAGUGCAGAGAGAAGAAAAGAAUCUUUACAGAAGUUUUUUCAAAUGUUGAAUAAAGACAUUGAGAUGGAAAGGAAAGGAAUAGAAGGUGUAGAAAAUCUGGGAAGAGCAUUCACUGAGACUCCUAAUUUUGGUAAUGAGGAUGCACAACAAGAUGUGGGGCAGAAACUUCAUCAACUUCGUACAAUGUUGGCUUAUUUGGAAGCCACACGUCACAAAGUGGAAUGUGCCCUUGCUGACCUUAAUGGCAGAAGUAGACCAGCACAUCCAUUAACCACACAUAUGAAGCAGUACAGGGAUAAACAAGGUUCAGUUCACUCGGUGCUGAAACUGCCAGAUGGUGGAAUAACAGAAUUAUUUGCAGGAAGUUCAGACCAAAGACCCUCCUCCGGUAGUAGCUGGUCUUCAAAUAGUAACUUUGGAGAAGUAGACAGUGGUGUAGGUGAUGGUACUUCUGUAAUUGAAGGCAACUUUGAUGAAGCUGUCUUCAACCACACAUCUGAGGUGCAGAACAACUUUCAGUCCAUACAAUCAACUAACAACGGUUCUCUUGGGCAGUGUCAAGCUCUAUACUUUUAUCAAGCUAAUCAAGAUGAUGAACUUACAAUAAAUACAGGUGACCUUAUAACAAUUUUAGAGAAGAUCGAUGUGAACUGGUGGAAGGGAGAACUUGAUGGACUUGUUGGCCUUUUCCCUUCAACCUAUGUGAAAGAACUGUAGCAAUUUAGAUUCCUGUAUUUUUCAUUUAUUAGAGUCCUAUUUUAUUAUGUGGGAAAAUGACUGUAAAUAAUCACAGCUCAAGUAGAAAUGUUACCGUAGGAUCAAAAUAUAUUUAGGAAAAUAUAUAUUUUGAAUUAUUAUAAAUGUAAUUAUGUUAUCAACUGACUUUGUUGAUAAAGUGAAAAUGGAAAGAUUGAAUACCAUUUUAGUUAAAUUGUGGAUAAGAGUUCAUGUAAUUAUUGGAAAUGUUGUAGUGUUAUUAAUUGUUAGUUUAAUUAUGUUAUUAUUUUGAUUAAUUAAAUGUUUACAAAAAAUGACUAAAAGAGCUUUCAGCACAUACCAAAAAGUCGCAUUAAUUUCCCAAUGAGUUCAAAUAUGGUUUUUAUAUAUAAUGAAAAGUAUUUUUUUUACAUCGGAAUGCCUAGCAUUAGGAGAAGAUGAUACAUGACAUAAUGUAGGGUCGACCUGGUUCCACAUUCAGUACCUUUACAAAUAUAUAUUUGUUAGUUAUGAAAAUGUCAUUUAUUUGAUUGUAAACAAAUUUUCAUGAAUAUAUUGAUAUUUAUAUGUAUCGUUUUAAGUUUGUACACUAGCACAUCCCUACUGGCCUGAUCAAUAGAUUAAGUGUAUGUUACCAUUAAUCCUCUGGUCAGAUUCCUCAUACAAAAUCGCAGACAAUAUAAAUGAAGCAGGUUGCAUUUGUAUGAAAUAUACAACUUAAUAGUCGUAUUUAGACACCAUUAACAUGUGAUGUGCUUAACAAAAAUGGUUAUAUGUACAGGUAUCUACAUAUUUACAAAAAUAGUUUUUGGAUGUUAUCAAAAUAAACUAGUGGUAUAUAGGCUCACAAGUACAAUUAAAGAAUAGACUGAUAGUAAAUAUUUAUUCUUUUUGUGUCUUGUUUCUGUAAUAUAUAUAUAUAUAUACACACUAAAAAUGUCUUUUAGAUUGUACUCUUUUUAACAAUCAUUUAACAACUUGAACAAUGUCUAGUACUUGUUUAAAAUGUAUGAUUUCCAAUGAUUUUAUCAUUUUUCUUUUGAAAGUACUUGCAAACAGCAUCACCCUUAGUUGUGAUCAGAUGUAUUAUUUUGGUCUCAUUCACAUAUCCUGGCUGCAGACAUGCCCAAACAAAUGUUUUUGAAAUGCUUACAGUUUUGUGUGUUUUAUUGGCUUCUAAUGAAGACUACACAUUUUGUGUCAUUGAAUGUGGCCAAUUUUUGUUGUUGUUGAAGGUAGUAAAUCUCUGAACACACAAAUAGUAACACUUAUUAUAAAGCAUUUAUGACAUCAAUGUUUAACUUAACAGAAUGAGUAUUCCUUGAGAAUUGCAGUUACAUGCAUCACCUAAAGGUGAACAAAGUUACUUAGUAAUGCCUAUGUCUGUGUCUUUCGGGUGUUCCAUUAUUGGACAUCUCCAUAUGGAUGGAUAGUUAGCAGACUUGUGGGCAGAAGAGUCGAGAUAUUGAUCAUUGUUUUUUGCGAGUAUUGUCUGUCUCUUGUAUCAUUUGUUAUUUCACUUUGUUUUAGUACUUUAUUAGUUAUCACCCAGUCCCCCUACAACCUUCGUUUUUGUCACCCAGUCCCCCUACAGCCUUUUCCAAAUUGUAAGUUGUAGCAGUGCUCAGAUACUAUUUCAUGUAUGUUCAUUCUUAUGAAUGCACAUCUCAUUUGAGUUUCUUGUGAUUUCAGCAGGUUUGUGCACAUAUAAGCCAGAAUAUUAUAUCUGCUGUGUUAGAUGUUGUAAAAUGAAAUAUAGAAAAGAUAAAUAGAUAUUUAAGUUAUGCUUAUUAUAAAAAAUUUAUCCACACUUUAAAUAGUAAGUAUAUUAUUAGUAGGGAAAGUAGCCUUAAUUAAGUAUGUGUAUUCAAAAGAGGAAUAGAUCAGUGUAAACCUAUAUACACAGACUCAUAAAUAUAAUUCAGAGAGAGAGAGAGAGAUUCAUGUUAAAUUUGUGUGUUUGUGGCUAAGAAUAUGUUGUGUAUUAAUUGGCUUAUUUGGUAAUUUUUGGAAACUUAACUUUAAAUAAUUUUUUUAUUAAUAAAAGUAUUCAGAAUAUUAUUGAGAAGCCACAGGAAUGUUGAUGCAAAGUACAUAACUUUUAUUUUUAUAAAUGUUUUAAGAAAAGUUGGAGAAAGUACAUUAUUCUAGUUACUUCUUUGUUAUCUUUUAAAAUAUGUAUACUCUAGAGUAGAAGGGAACUUGUAAUUACCAAAAUGUACAGUAUCUUUAAAAGUACAACAUUAACGUAAAGCUAACUAUAAUAACCUGUUGAAAAAGUGGAAAUAAGGCUAAUGUUUUAUUAAAUUGUUGGCCACCUUUAAUUGCUGUUAAAAAGUGGAAUUUCACCUGAAUUAACUUUACCUUGUGUGUUGUGAAAAGUCACCUCUACCUCUCACUUUUUAUUGUGUUGAAAAACAAAAAUGAUUUACAAAUUAUGGUUUCAGUGUACUUUGUAUAGUAAAAUUUUUGAGCCUGGAAUCUAACCUUUAUAUUAUUGAAAACUGAAGCUAAAUUUUCAAUCAAAAUAAAUUAACUUUAUUUAAAUAUCUUUGUGGGAAAAUUUGGAAACUGUUGGCAUUUAGAAAUCUAAGUAAGGGUUUAAUGUAAGUUGAUCAGCAAAAGGUUAAAUUUAAUGUAGAUGAAAUUAAAGGAGUAAAACUUGAAUAUUCAGGGGUGUAAAAGGGGUGGGGGGGUGAGGUAUUAGGUCCUGACUAGUAGCCGUGAAAAAUGAAAUAACACAAAACUGAAAUUCUACUAAUUCAUCUAUUCUUUUUUCGUUGUUAUGACUAAUCUAUUACUCGUUGCAAAUUCAUACAUAUCUAUAUUCAUUGCAGUGUGGUCUUCUACAGCAUUUCAAAAUUAAAAAUAAUACAUUUUAUUACAGAAGACAAAAUGUAUGGGUUGGUUAAGCAGUUUUCAUAUGUGUUAGUCUUAUACUUUUGAAGUGCUCAAAAUAACAUGAUUUAAUUCACAAUGUAUAAAAAACUUAAAAUUUCUAGGCAGGUUAUCCAGCCUAUACAUGAAAAAAUCAAAAAUGGCUAGUGAUCUGGCAUUAGGAAAAUGUUGUUAUUUUCCAUAGUACCUAGGAUAAAAACCACAGAGUUCUGAGUGGGUGGUCCAAGUUGUUUCACCCAAUCACAGCUGUUUAAUCUUGUAUUAAUAAAAAAUAAUCAUUUUAAUCUCAAUGAGAAAAAAUCUUGUAGAUUAGAAAGUGUUAUAACUGCAAAACUAAAUAAUUUGACUUUACAGUUUAUAAAUUGGUGUUUGAGUCGUACGUUUUUAUAAUAUCAGGCUUAAGAUGGAUUAGCCUGUGGCAAUAAACAGGCGACCAAUUUUACUGACAUUUCAGUGACAGUAGAUAUUUAAUAGGGAUAAAAAUGUAAUGUUUUUUUGUAAUUUUUAAUAAUUAUGUAUAUAGUUUAUCUUACACUCUCGCACACAUUUCGUUCAAGCAGAAACACACUAGUCCUGGAAUUCAUGGUAGACCAAACUCAAAAUUUAGUCAUCUCAGGCAUCAAGGCUAGUAGGUUCUUAUAACCCUGAUAUUUUCUUUUAUCGUGAAAAAUGUGUCUUUGGUCCUGUACUGUUGAACACAGUUUUUGGACCACUGAUUUUGGAUUGUAAUCAUUUUAUUCAAGAGUCAUUCAGCAUGCCAUUAACUGUGUGGACGAAGUGAAAAAUAAACUAAAAACACUUUUAGUCACAAAUAAUAACAUUUAGUCAUCAAAGAAAAAACGUUAUUCACAAGGAUGAAAUGAAAUGCUAGGUUUUCAUUUUGGAACAAAUAAAAUUUUCAUGUUUAUCAUUUAGUGUAUUGUUUUUAUAAAGACAAAGACAAAAAAAAAGGUUGUGAUUAUGAAUAGAGAGUUUCUUGUUUAAAAGAAAACUUUGUGAUAUGUACUGAAUUACAAAAAGGAAGGUUUGUAGAAACUGACUAUAAAAAUCAAGGUAAAUAUGUGGAUAGUUUUUCUUGUAAGAACUUUUUUUUUGUUUUUAUAAAUGAAGGUAAUGAUAAUAUUUUUCUUAAGCACAAUAGGCAUAUCGUGUAGAAAUACACUUGCAAAGAGACUAAGUAUGGCAGUUUAUGAAAAGAAAUAGUCCAAGUAAAUACAAAAACAUUACACCAUUGUGAAAGGGUGCUUUUGAAACCCCCAUAGAUUAUUAAAUACUUUUCUAAGUCUAUAUCUACUUGUAUGUGGUUUUGAUAGCUUUUAACAAGCAGUAAAGAAUUGUAACUUUAAUUUAUUUUUUAUAUCAUUACCAAUUACAAUAUGAUAAUGUGCCAUAAGUUUUAACUAUUUAGUAAAGUGAUACUUUGUAUAUUGUAGAAUUACAUAAAAUGUUUUUGUGGUGAUGCCAAAAGAAAAGUGAAAUGUAAUAAAUAUGAACAUGUGUUAAUUCUAAAAUAAGUAACUGCUGAUAAAAGCACUAGUACAACAAAGGUAUUAAUGUAUGCCUAUUGUUUUUUCUGUAUUAAUAAUAUUAAAAAAAACGUUUUAUAAAGAUACUGUGAUCUUCUUGUACCCUAAAUUUCACAAAGUCUGUUAUACAAUGUAGUGUAACUUUAAUACUAAUUGAUAAUAUGGAAAGUAUAUAUAUAUAUAUAUAUAUAUAUAUAUAUUAUUAAUAAUUACCAUCAGUGGUUAUAUAAAACUGAUGUGGGAAGAAGGCAGGUUUAUAAGGUUGAUGAUACUUUUUUUGAUUUUAUACAAAACCAAAUUAAUGUUUGUUUAAAUAGCUCAGUUAUUUGAAGGUAUUUUAUUCAAGAAAUAAGUUUGUAAUCUCAGAAGUACAAUUAUUUAAAGCAGGAGUGUUUGUUCACCUGUUAUUUGGAAGUAUUUCUUUAAGGAAUGUUAUAAUAAUUUGGCUAAACGUUUAUGCCCUGUCUCUGCUGAUAGCAGUCAAUUUGUGUUGUUAGUAGUAAGAGAUACUUAUGUUUUAGUAGGUUAAUGAAAUCUGUAAGACAAAAUUUCAUCAGAUGAACAGUAUACACAUUAAAGUUGGGCAGUUAGUAGAAUAAUCAGUUAAAUCAUUAAUUUAAUUAAUUUAUUAUCUCCAACUAAUACAUUAUUCUAUUCCUAUUUUCAACUUGUUUUAGGUUUUUAAAUGCAUUUUCUAACUAAUCUUUGUGUAAUAUGAUGGACAUCUUCAUGUACAUCAGUUUAGGAUUGUUACGUUUUUAAACCUUAACCGUUAUACAUGAAAAUUUAUUAAAUUUGCAACAUAGUAUGAAACCUGUAACAACCUGAAAUUAGGUUAAUACCGUUCCUCCCUACAAAUUUUUACAUGACUACUAAAACUAAAUAAACUAAUUCUUUUUUUUUUAUAGAAAGAAUUGUCUUUAGGGUUCAUAUGAUAAAACUAGUAAAGAUUCAUAUGACACUGUGUGAUAGAUAAUGUAUAAUUCAUGCCAAUCAUGUAAAAAUACAAACAGCAGUAUGUUGACUGUUUAGCACAAAAAUUUAUGAUGAUCCAAGAUGAUCUUUUUACAGGGAUUGAAAUGCUUCAUAAGGUGGAAUUAGAAGCAUUAUAAGAAAUUGUAAAAUCAUGAGAAUAUGAAAAAAUCUUUAGUUACAUACAUUUCAGAAUUUUUUUCUAGUUUCACCAUCAGUGUGAACAACUUAAAAAAUAAUUAACUGAGUAUAAAAACAUGGCAACUAUUUAAGCAAAAAAGUUAUUGAUAGAGGUGAAAGUGUAGAAAGAACACGUUAAAAUUAUUAGUACUUUUUCUAUGGGGUUUUGAGUCCAUUUUAUUUCACCAUAUGGUAAUCUUAAUAAUGCUAUGUCAUUUUGUCUAAUUCAUUGUUCAAUAUAUAUGUUUAUAGUACAGGCUAGAAGAAUCUGUAGAAACACACAUGCGUGUAGAGAAAUCACUAAAUCAACUUACAGCUUACCAUACUAGGCAGUAUUUACACAGCAUGUUAUGGCAGCAAGACUUGCCCAUUUUCAGUGCUUUCUAUCUAGCUAGAGCUAGUUGCAAUUAAACAGGAGUCAUGUACGUGUAAAUAGGUUAACAAUUUAAAAGUGUUACUUAUUGUUACACUGUUAUUAGUCUAUAUCUAGUAAUUUCUAACAGAUACAGUUAAAUGAGCAAGUUAUUCCUCAAUCAAAAUUUUUUAGCAAAUAAAGAGUCUUAACAUAUUGUAACUCUUUCUAUUAAAGCAAUUUUGCCCUAAUUUGGGAAUAACAGAAAAGUUGCUAAAAACCUUCAUUAAAAUUUAUGAUUAAUAAUGAUUGGUUUUAAUUAUGAGUGACGGGCAAAACCACUAAAAGGAUUGUAUGACUACUAAAACAGUAACCCAAAGUAACACUUGUUACAUUUGCAGAUUGUAAUAAGUAAGCAAUAUACGAAGAUAAACCUACACCAUUAUUUAGACGUACAAGGUAAACAUGAAGAACAGGUAUCACUGAGGCUAGUUAUGUGACCAAUUGCCGCUAGGCCACACCCUCUCAUUCAUGAGUUGUGUGCAAGCUGAAUGUAUGCAUACUGUUGCCUGCAGUCAAGAUAAUGGAAAUAGUAAAAGCUAAUAUUUCAAUUAUUUUGAUAGUUGGAAUAAUUACAAAAUAGUGAUAAUUGAAAAUGCUGAUUUUGAUUAGUUGAUUUUUUUUUUUGAGUUGUAAAGCUGAACAACCUUGAAUUAAUCAAAAAUAAUUAAAUCAUAAUGGCAAUAUUUCAAUUAAUUGGAUAGUUGGAAUAACUGGAAACACUGAUUCCAAUUAAUUAAUUAUUUUUGUGACAUUAAUUGAUUUAAUAAUAAUUUUGAUUCAUCAUUUUACAUGACACUGAUUGAUGUUCAUAUGUAAUUGAGUUAAUCACUCAGAUCUAAUGCACAUUGAUUUUAUUUUUCUUGCUUUUAAAACUAUGUAAAAGAAACUUACAUUGUAAACAGUUUGUGAUAAUACAAACUUUUGUAUAUAAUGUGGUUUAACUUGUUUUUCAUUCCUAGUAUGCUUAAAUAGUACUAGUAGAAGUGUUAUUAUAAGUCAAAAAUUGCUUGAAAAUAAUUCAGUGUAUCAAAGUAUCUAUACUUAAACUUUGUCAUAUCUGUUCUAAAAAUUACUGUAGUAGCAUUGUUACAUUGCAUGUACAUUCAAACUUAAAAUCACAGAAAAUCAAUUUUAAUUGCAACAGAAAUGACUGCUUUUUGAAAGGCACUUUUCAAAAUCCGUUUUUUUUAAACUUUCCACAGGAAUAGUGACAUCAGCUGGUGAACUUUUAAAACUGGAGCCAAUUUGAAGCACAGUUUUAAUUGAACAUGUGUAAGCUUCACCUUUGAUAAUAGGACAUGUGGUUUACAUUAACUUCUGUUCUAAAUAUGGUAAUUAGAAAAAAGUUAUACUUUUUUAUUCACUUAAGUAAAUAACAUUGGAUAUUUACUUUUCCUGUCAGACGUAUAAUUGACGACCCCAUAUUGGAGAAAGAACGUUCACUAUAAUUUUGAAUUUAUUAUGUGUGCCAACACAAAAUUUAACUAGCUUUUAGUAAAAUGUAAAAGUCUGUUGUACGCAGAAAAUCAGAUGUGUUACAAAUGUACUUGACCUCAACAUAUGCCUGUGAAUUGCUGAUGUCAGUUUGACUUGAACAAGUCAGAGUGCAAAGUGAUGUUCAUGUGAAGAAUAUAAGUACUUUUGUCUCUCCACAGCUUGUAUUUGCAUAACUGCCAAAACCUCUGAAACACAUAUCUACAGUUUUUUUUCAGUGUUCCUAUAUAUAUUGUAUUUGGUAUCUACUCUAUGACAAAUUGUUGCUAAAAUUAAUAGUUGAUAACCCUGACAUCAAGUACAUAAUACGAUGUAGAAUGGCACUGCACUGCGUAAAAGGCCAUAGCAUGUGCACUUUGACCUCCACUCAUGCACAUGGAAAAUUAAAUAUUUGGUUUUCAUACAUGUGUAGUUAGUUUAUAUAUAUAGUUUUUUCUGGUUUGCUUAUUUAAUGGCAAAGGUACUUCUGUAUGUAAAUGAAACUGUCUUUUCACUUAUUAGAAUGCUAUACUGCUAAGAGGUUCUCUUGUUGAAUGACCCAUGAAUGUACAUUAACACUUCCAUGACCUUGAUAAGCAGUGCUUAAUAAUAUGACUCAUUGGAACGUAGUGUCUGAAUAUUAUCAUAUUUUGUUCAACAAAAUUACAGGCAUAUGAUUCAUAGAAUUUAAGUAGAUGCUACCAUGGUAUUUACAUAUUUUCGCAUACUGUCAGUUCUUCCAAUUUAUCUCCAUAUCCAUAAUGGAGUUAUGACAUCAGAAAGUUGUAUACUAUCCAGGUAAAGUUAAACUCUCUGUGUAAAUGAAGGAAAUAAAAGUAAGUUGAACAUGGAGAAUGUUCUGUUAUUAUGUUUUACAAGCUAUGACAGAAAAUGCUUGAUUAAUUCAGUUUACUCCCAACUCUGGUUGUAAAGGAUAAAUUUUUAUACUCGCAGGGGGGGGGGACCUCUGAAUUGUUUUUACUGAAAGCUCUGGUAUAUCCACAAUUUAUUUUUUUUAUAGAAUUAAUUUUUUCAAACAUUCAUUUUACCGUGAAGGAAUUGAAGGAAGAUUUAUACUGAAUGUUGUACCUGUCAAAUUAGAGAGAAAUUUAAAGUGAGGAGAUGCCUACAUUCAUAUUAAAGCAAUGAAGUUUUAUUCUUUGAUAGAUUGUUUGGGCAGAGUAUUCAUGAUGAAACUUUGUAGAAUGAAUAGCAACUACCUGUUGUAGAGGCACAAGUGUGGAGGAUGAUGUUUUGAAAGUCUUCCACCUUUUCAUCUUCAGGCGUCUUGCAUCUCUAAGACAGGCAGUUGCCAUCCAUUCUACAAAGUUUCGUCAAUAGUUUUAUAUUUCUGUGUUAAAGACUAAAAUCUAAUAUAAAAGUGAGCUUAAUCUGUCACCACAAUUAAGAAGGCUAGUAUCUAUUUUAACAGUGAAUUUUGCAGAAAGUGAAAUUAUUUUUUUACGAGAGGUCUUACUGCGUUUCAGCUGUUUAACGGUCUAUAAAUUGUUAGAAAUAAUGUUUAUCAAAGAUGUAUAUAGUUUGAAUAAUAGAAACAAUGUAUAAGUAUACUUUUUAAAUAAAAUUUUUUUGCAAAGAAGAGGAAAA